CCACGCUCUUGGCUCGAAGACGGAAAGAGAGAGCUCACCUGACCUCCAGGGGGGGUGCAUGCGGUAUAUAAUAGUGGCUGGGCCAUCUCCCAUCUUCCCACCCUCCUGCUUAGUCAUGCUCGCAUCGCCAUUCGUGCUGCUGCUGCUCGGCACCAGUGUUCCCCUCGUCGUGUCCAACCCCUUGAACGUCUUGGUCGCCAAUGGCACUCUCAACACCACUCAAACCAGCUCCUCGGCGGCUGAGACUGCUGUGUCCUCCGACAGGCUUGCACAGAAUAUCUCAUCUCACCAUACUUCCAACAUCACCUACAUCUCUCCCCAGAUUCCUGCUCCUCUCAACGCUACCCACGCCAACCCCUCUUCGAAUUGGAAUGAAGCCCACGAUAGGGCUCGCUCUUACCUAUCCAGGUGGACGGUAGCUGAAAAAGUAUCCCUCACUACUGGCCUUGGAUGGCAGCAGGGAAGGUGUGUUGGGAACAUUGGACCUGUGGAGAGUCAGGGAUUUGGAGGGCUCUGUCUCCAAGACUCGCCUCUGGGGGUUAGGUCGACCGACUAUGUGUCUGCUUUCCCUGCCGGUAUCAAUGCCGCUGCUACCUUUGACAAAGAUCUCAUUUACGCUCGAGGUUAUGCUAUGGGCCAAGAGUUUAAGGGUAAAGGGGCUCAUGUUGCUUUGGGACCUAUGACCAAUCUGGCUCGAGUGGCUGCAGCAGGUCGCAACUGGGAGGGCUUUGGCGGUGAUCCUUACCUCUCUGGCUGGGCUACCGACGCCACCGUACGGGGACUUCAAGAUGCCGGUGUUCAGGCUUGUGUGAAGCACUUUGUCGGCAAUGAGCAAGAGCGAAAUCGAACCACUUUAUCCUCCAAUAUCGACGACCGCACCCUUCGCGAAAUCUACACCCACCCUUUCCUCCGAGCCGUUCAAGCAGACGUCGCCUCGGUCAUGUGCUCCUAUAACCUCAUCAAUGGCUCGUGGGCGUGCGAGAACCCCAAGGCUCUCAAUGGUGUUCUGAAGACCGACUUUGGGUUCCAAGGGUACGUCAUGUCGGAUUGGCAGGCUCAGCACUCUGGUGUCUUGUCGGCGGAGACCGGUCUGGACAUGAGCAUGCCCGGCGACAUCACCUUUGGCACCUUGACCUCCUACUGGGGACGUAACCUUACCGAGGCUGUCAACAACGGUUCCGUUAGCGAGGCUAGGCUCGACGACAUGGCUCAGAGGAUCAUGGCGGCCUACUUUUUGCUCGGCCAGGAUCAAGACUAUCCCGAAGUCAACUUUGACUCGUACAGACAGUCUGGCUCCAACAUGUCUCAUGUUGAUGUGCGAGGCGAUCAUCACAAGUUGAUCCGCCACAUUGGAGCCUCUUCCACUGUCCUCCUCAAGAACGAAAACCACGCUCUUCCCCUAUCCACCCCACGCUCCGUAGCCCUCAUCGGCUCGAACCUCGCCCCUCCCACGAAGGGUCCCAAUGGCUACAACAGCCGGGCUGGUUUCGAUGGUCACACCGCCAUGGGCUGGGGCUCCGGUACCGCUGAAUUCCCAUACCUCAUCGACCCUCUCUCUGCCAUCUCUCAGCGUGCUCGUGAGAGCGGCGCCAUCAUCAAUUACGCCUUAGACGACUGGAACACCCAAAACGCUUCAUACUGGGCAAGCAGGGCUGACGUCGCUAUCGUCGGUGUCCACUCCGACUCUGGUGAAUUAGGGCGCACGGUGGACGGUAACGAGGGCGACCGCAACAACCUGACUCUUUGGGCUAAUGGCGAUGCACUCGUGCAGGCUGUAGCUUCUUCUAACAACAACACUAUCGUCGUCGUUCAUGCUCCCGGGCCUAUCCUCAUGGAAGAGUGGAUCGACCACCCGAACGUUACUGCUGUACUCUGGGCUGGGUUCCCCGGGCAAGAGAGUGGUAAUGCGCUUGUCGAUGUGCUUUGGGGCGACUACAACCCCUCGGGACGACUUCCCUAUACCAUCGCCAAAGACAGUUCAGGCUACUCUGCCGAUAUCGUCUACACCAAUUCUGAGUACCCCGUGCAGCCGCAGAUCGACUACACCGAGGGUCUUAACAUCGACUACCGACAUUUCUUGUCCGAGGGUAUCGAACCGAGGUUCGCGUUCGGCUAUGGGCUGUCUUACACCAGCUUUGAGCUUUCGAACCUGAUUGUCGACGAGGUUGAGGGAGCUGGGGAUUUGGCAAAAAGGUAUGUGUCAGACAACCCUCAGGUUGACGAGAGUACCGAGGGAGAGGUCGUAGUUGGUAAAUUUGUCGUCGAGUCUCUCCACAAGCCCCGAUGGACCGUAUCUAUCGACGUCACCAACACCGGCGAUGUAAACGGCUGCGAAAUCCCUCAACUCUACCUUGUCUACCCCGAAAGCGCUGGUGAACCUCCCAAGGUUCUGCGUGACUUUGCCAGGAUCAACCUCGACCCCGGAGCCACAAAGACCGUCUCUUGGAACCUCUCCCAAUACGACGUCUCCAUCUGGGAUGUCGAGAGCCAGGAGUGGGUUGUUCCCGAGGGCGAGUUUGGCGUGGAGGUUGGAAAGAGUGUGGCGGACGCAGACGCGCAGACUGGGUCUUUCACGCCCAAGCAGUAGGCGUCUGUACUUCCAAAGUUCCAGCUGUCUUGCCGUUGAUAUCGUUGGAAAGGAAAGGAAGGGAAAAGGACUGUAAUGGGUACAAGAAGGACACUUUACUAUAAUAGAGAUGACCUAUGUUGAUAGAGUUCAUACAAGUUGACACAAGUCGUAUAGUGAUGAACUCCCGUGGCUUCACAAGGUGCCCGACUCAUUGCCAUCAUCCAUCAUCGCUCUACUCGAACAAUGACACAGAGCUGA